GAUACUUCCACUAUUAAUUUCUCCUAAAUACUUUUAUUCUUAUCGUUGUUUCAUUUAAGUUUUAAGGCACAAUUAUUAGCUUAUAUCCAACAAUUUCAUAUAUGCAGGAACUCUUUAAUGGAUGUCAUAGAACCAGUCGUGGAUAUUGUGAAGGAUGUUGUACCUACAGUUAAGAAAUAUUUCAAGUAUCAGAUAUGCCACAAUGAUUAUGUCAAUAAAUUCAAAGAAAUGCAAACACGUCUGAAGCACCGACGGCAAGACGUUGAAGAAAAAUUGCGUGCUCAACUUAGGCAGCCUGGGAAGAUUGCAAAAAAGGAAGUUGAAGCUUGGCUAGAGAAAGCAGACCAUGAAACUGCAGAAAAAGUGGUUGAAGAUCUAAUCUGCAAAGGGGGUUGUUUCACAUAUAUUUGCUCCUCAAGAAAGCUCGAUAAAAGGACUCAAUCUACUGAAGGAACAUUUAAGCAAGGAGAAAAGUACACUAGUGCUGGUGAGAGUUUGGUCGAAGAUACUUCCUCAAUUGAGUAUUGGGCAACUGUAUUUGAAGAAAGGCAAAAGCGGCUGAAGCUUCGACAAAAGGACAUUGAAGCAAAAUUGGAGACUCAACUUAUGCAGCCUGGAAAGAUUGCAAGCAUGGAAGUUAAAGACUGGUUGAAGAAAGUAGGCCAACAAAUUCCCAUAAAGGUUGAAGAUCUAAUCAACCAAGGGGGAUGCUCCUCUCUAUCCAACCUCAGGAGAAAAAUUGAAGAAUUGAAGCAAAUAUUUGAGCAAGGAGAAAAGUACACUAGUGCUGAUGAGAGUUUGGUCGUAGAUACUCCGGCAAUUGAGUAUUGGGCAACUGUAUUUGAAGAAAAGCAGGAGAGGCUAAAGCACCAAAAGGAAGACAUUGAAGCAAAUUUGAAGACUCAGCGUAUGCAACCUGGAAAGAUUGCAAGGAAGGAAGUUGAAGAGUGGCUAGAGAAAGCAGGCCAACAGAUUGGCAUAAAGGUUGAAGAUCUGAUCAGCCAAGGGGAGAUCAGCCAAGGGGGAUGCUCCUCUCUAUCCAACCUCAGGAGAAAAAUUGAAGAAUCGAGGCAAAUACUUGAGCAAGGAAAAGAAUUCACUAAUGCUGGUGUGAUUUUGGUCAGAGAUGAUCACUCAAUUAAAGGAUUUCCACUUCUUGUUGAAAAAUGUAGUGGCAGGGAUGAUAUACAAGAAAAAAUUCUGGAAUGGUUGAAGGGAGACCAUGUUACAAGAAUUGCAGUUUCGGGAAUGGGUGGUGUGGGCAAGACAACAAUUAUGAAGAAUGUCCAUAACCAACUGUUGAUUGAAUCCAAAUUUAAGAAUGUUAUUUGGGUAACAGUGUCAAAAGACUUUAACAUUACUGUCCAGCAAAAAAUGAAGUUUGAUAUUCUCCAGUUUCAGAAAAAGAUUGCAAGUAGCUUGAAACUAGAACGAGAGCCAGAUCAUGAGAAUGAAACCAAGCUUGCUGCAUUGAUUUCACAAAGAUUGGGACAGGGCAGCUUCCUGCUAAUUCUGGAUGAUGUGUGGGAGCCUUUUUCUCUAGAAGAUGUUGGAAUUUCUAAUCGAGUUGGAAAUAAUGGUUGCAAGUUAGUGCUCACGACACGGUCAAAAGAUGUUGCUCGUGCAAUGGAUUGUAAUGUGAUCCAUGUGAACCCUCUUCGACCUAAAGAAGCAUUAGAAUUAUUCUCGGAGAAAAUUGGAAGUGAUGUGUUUUCAGAUGGCAAAAUUAAAAGAGAUAUAGAGCCAUUUUUGAAGCAAAUUUUGCAGAAAUGUGAUGGAGUACCCCUUGCUAUUGUGACAGUGGCAAAAUCAAUGCAAGGGAAAUUACUUCCUCGUCAUUGGAAGUUGGCACUUUCUGAAUUCAGUAAAUUUGAAAGUAUUAUUGAUUGUUUGAAAUUCAGUUAUGAAUGCCUAGAACAACAAUGCCAGCAGUGUUUUUUAUGUUGUGCAUUGUAUCCUGAAGAUUAUGAAAUCAGAAAGGAGAAGUUAAUUGAGUAUUGGAUUGAGGAGGGGCUUAUAUAUAAAGAAGGGAAAACUAGGGAGGCAAUGAAUUGGAAGGGUCAUGAUAUACUUGAUAAGCUAGUUGACAACUGCUUGUUGCAAUCGGUUGAAAAUGAAGACGAAGAAGAAUGUGUGAGUAUGCAUGAUCUUCUCCGAGAAAUGGCACUGGAAAUCAGUCCUCAAUUCUUGGUGAAAGCCGGCAUAGCCUUGGAGAAGUUACCAGAGGAGCAUGAAUGGAGAGAAAAUCUUUUGAAGGUUUCUUUAAUGAGGAAUCACAUAACAGAAAUUCCUUCAAGCAUGCCGUCUCCAAGGUGUCCUAUGCUCACAACCUUGUUGUUGUCCAAUAAUAAGAUUUCAACAAUUCCAGAAGCUUUUUUUGAGCAUAUUCUUGGGCUCAAGAUUGUUGAUCUUUCCAAGAAUCGUCAGCUAAGUAGGCUGCCGAGUUCUAUCUCCAAAUUGGAGAAGCUUACUGCAUUAUUGCUACGUGGAUGUGAGUCCUUAAGAGAGGUACCAGCAUUAUCCAACCUUGUAGGGUUAAAAAAGUUAGACCUUUUAAGGACAUCAAUUGAAGAACUACCGCAAGGCCUCAACAUGUUAACAAAUCUAAAAUAUCUUGGUCUUGGUGGAAGAUUAUCUGAAACACUUGUUGAACCGCUACAAAAUCUCUCCAAACUUCAGCAUUUACUAGUAAUUGCCAAUCCCAAUGCCGAAACAGAAUUUAAAUGGGAGACGAUUGGAAUUUGGGGGAAGCUUCAAAACCUUGAGAAGCUGGUUCUUGGUUGUUUGGAUAACUUGAAUAUGGUGUUUGGGGAAGUAGGAGCAAUUGCUGAGUCAACAUCGCUACCAGCUGGCACAUUUUCCUCUCUUAAAUAUAUUGGUGUUGGCGAAUGUAAUAAAAUAAAGAAGUUAUGCUCGGUAAGGUGGUUGGAAUAUCUUCAGAAACUACAGACUGUUGAGGUUGAUGAUUGUCAGCAACUGGAGGAGAUAAUAGGGUCUAAAUCUAAAGGAGGAGAAAAAGUCACUCUACCCAACUUAGAAAGGUUAAAAUUGAAAGAAUUGCCCCAAUUGAAGACCAUCUAUAACGGUUCUUUGAUUUGUGAUUCCAUCAAGAGGAUUGAAAUUUAUGAUUGUGAAAAUAUAGAGAGUGUUUUUUCGUCCGGGUUCAACCCACUUCCAAAUCUUGAAUAUCUGGCACUUAUCAAUUUAAAGCAUCUGAAAUUUGUGUUUGAUGAAGAAGGUCUUGGUUUAUUGCCACGUGUACCUCCCACAAGAUUUUUCUCUCUUAAAGAAAUUAGGGUUUUUAGGUGUAAUCAAUUAAAGAAGGUAUUCUCAUAUGGAUGGCUGCUCCACUACUUCCAAUCUCUAGAGACUAUUGAGGUUUCAUGGUGUUCGCAAAUGGAGGAGCUGAUAUCGUCAUCGGCACAUGAAGAAGAAAAAGUCACUCUACCCAAGUUAGAAAGGUUGGAAUUAACAAGUUUGCCCUUAUUGAAGAGCAUCUGCAGCCACUCCAGUGUGUUGAUUUGUGAUUCCAUCCAGAGUCUGACGAUUACCAACUGCGAGAAGCUAAAGAGGAUUCCUCUGAAUUUUCCCUUGAUUGAUAAUGCCCAAUCAUCUCAUCCUCCUUCCCUCAAAGAAAUUGUGGUAUUCCCAAAAGAAUGGUGGGAAUCAUUGGAAUGGGACCAUCCCAAUGCAAAAGACAUCCUUUUCCCCUUCUGUAAAUUUCCGCCGAUAUGGGGUCCACUGACAUGGGCGUAGGGCGCACUGCAAAUCAAUUGGGAUUCGGCUCGGUAACCACAAGAAAGUUGGAGGAAAUCACAUAUGCACUAGUUGCUCUUGCUUUUGGGUUUUCUAUGUAAUAAAAUCUUUGUUUUUCUUUUGCUGUGUGUGUUGUGUGUUUAAAUAUGUCCAAUUUUAAGUGGAAAACUGUAAAGGUUUGUUUCUUUAUUAUCUGUGUAAUGUUGUCUUUGAAACUAUGUGGGAAAGAGACUUGAAACUGUAUUUGCUUUUCUUGUAAUAUUCCUUGCUUCCCUGCCUCUUAUUUGACACCUAGUUUCAAAUUCGAUGGUCUCCAUGUGUGCCCUUAAAGAUGUCUGCUCUGGCCAUGGACAGAUUGACUCAAUUUUUGAAAGGAAAGUGAAACGGAUUUCCAAAAGGAAGGGUUGGGUGUCAAGAAUAUGGAUGCCUCUUUAUAGAGUGCAGUGCAAAGACUUGAGUGAAUGUAGAACACUGCUAUGACGAGCUUGUCUUAAAGGGAUAGUGUAGGGUUGAGAUGGAAAGAAUAUUUCCUUCCUGGCUAAAAUUUGAUGCUCUGAGGACUCUGGUUGUCUAUCUGAAUUACCGCACUUCUAUUUGCGAUAGGCUGAGGCAAGGCACAAUGCGGCCUAAGGUUGGAUUGU